CUCGCGCGGCGGCAGCGGGAGUCGAGGCCUCUUGGUGCCGCGGCACGUGACGGUCGUGCUGCUUCAGCUGCUGCGCUGCCUCAGCGGCUGUAUUCUCUGCGGCGCGGGGCCGGUUGUGCGGGUGGGAGCAGGCGAGGGCGCCACCGGCCGUCCCGCUGAGGCUCGAGAUCAUGGAAGGGAAGUGGUUGCUGUGUAUGUUACUGGUCCUUGGAACUGCUCUUGUUCAAGCUCAUGAUGGACAUGACGAUGAUGUGAUUGACAUUGAGGAUGACCUUGAUGACGUCAUUGAAGAGGUAGAAGACUCAAAACCGAAGCCAGAUGCCAGCAGUCCGCCAUCGCCAAAGGUCACCUACAAAGCUCCAGUUCCAACUGGGGAAGUGUAUUUUGCUGAUUCUUUUGACAGAGGAACUCUGUCAGGGUGGAUUUUAUCCAAAGCCAAGAAAGAUGACACUGAUGACGAAAUUGCGAAAUAUGAUGGAAAAUGGGAGGUAGAUGAAAUGAAGGAAACGAAACUUCCAGGCGAUAAAGGACUUGUGUUGAUGUCUCGGGCCAAACACCAUGCUAUCUCUACUAAGCUGAACAAGCCCUUCAUCUUCGAUACCAAGCCUCUCAUUGUUCAGUAUGAAGUUAAUUUCCAAAAUGGGAUAGAAUGUGGCGGUGCCUAUGUGAAACUACUUUCCAAAACCCCAGAGCUCAAUCUGGAUCAGUUCCACGACAAGACCCCCUAUACGAUUAUGUUUGGUCCAGAUAAAUGUGGAGAGGACUAUAAAUUGCACUUCAUCUUCCGCCACAAAAACCCCAAAACAGGUGUAUAUGAAGAAAAGCAUGCUAAGAGGCCAGAUGCAGAUCUGAAGACCUAUUUUACUGAUAAGAAAACACAUCUUUAUACAUUAAUCUUGAAUCCAGAUAAUAGUUUUGAAAUAUUAGUGGACCAAUCUGUUGUGAACAGUGGGAAUCUGUUAAAUGACAUGACUCCUCCUGUAAAUCCUUCACGUGAAAUUGAGGACCCAGAAGACCGGAAGCCUGAAGAUUGGGAUGAAAGACCAAAAAUACCAGAUCCUGAUGCUGUCAAACCAGAUGACUGGGAUGAGGAUGCCCCUGCUAAGAUUCCAGAUGAAGAAGCUACGAAGCCCGAAGGCUGGUUAGAUGAUGAGCCUGAGUAUGUGCCUGACCCAGACGCAGAGAGGCCGGAGGACUGGGAUGAAGAUAUGGAUGGAGAAUGGGAGGCUCCUCAGAUUGCCAACCCUAAGUGUGAGUCGGCCCCUGGGUGCGGUGUCUGGCAGCGACCCAUGAUUGACAACCCUAAUUAUAAGGGCAGAUGGAAGCCCCCCAUGAUUGACAACCCUAACUACCAGGGAAUCUGGAAACCACGGAAAAUACCAAAUCCAGAUUUCUUUGAAGAUCUAGAGCCUUUCAAAAUGACUCCUUUUAGUGCUAUUGGUUUGGAACUUUGGUCUAUGACUUCGGACAUUUUCUUUGACAACUUUAUUGUCUGUGGUGAUCGAAGAGUAGUUGACGACUGGGCCAGUGAUGGAUGGGGCCUGAAGAAAGCCGCAGACGGGGCUUCUGAGCCAGGGGUAGUGGGGCAGAUGAUUGAAGCAGCUGAGGAGCGCCCAUGGCUCUGGGUGGUCUACAUUUUGACUGUAGCUCUGCCCGUGUUUCUUGUCAUCCUCUUCUGCUGUUCUGGAAAGAAACAGGCCAGUCCUGUGGAAUACAAAAAGACUGAUGCUCCUCAGCCAGAUGUGAAGGAGGAUGAAGAAGAAAAGGAAGAGGAGAAGGAAAAGGGGGAUGAAGAGGAGGAAGGUGAAGAGAAACUUGAAGAGAAGCAAAAAAGUGAUGUUGAAGAAGAUGGUGACACUGUCAGUCAAGAGGAGGAAGACAGGAAACCUAAAGCAGAGGAGGAGGAAAUUUUGAACAGAUCACCAAGAAACAGAAAGCCGAGAAGAGAGUGAAACAAUCUUAAGAACUUGACCUGUGAUUUUUCUCUCCCUCCCCUUCCCCUGCAAGUGUGGGUCCUAGGAGAGGACCUGGCACACCUUGGGUUGAAAUUCAAAAACCUUCAGAUGCACCACCAUCAGCAGGUCCCAGCUGAACACUCGCCCGUGUAAUUUUAAACAGCUAGCAGUAAAUAAUUGCAGUUGUGACAUAAAGGACCCUGUUUCUGUAGAGAGAAAAGCUUAACAUAAUUGUUGUGAAAUGUAACAUGAAGCAACUAACUUGUAAUUUUUUUUGUUUUUAAACGUUUGUUUUUUUAAAAUAGUGUGAUAGAACUUUGCCAGUCUUUAAAAAUCUUGGCUUAAUUUAAUAUAUUAAUCUGUCCGUGCAGAAAUAAAACCAACCUUUAAAAAUGUUAGGGGGAUGAAUUUGAAGUUGCUGAAUUGUAACUGAUUUUAAGUUUGGUAUUAUGAAACAUUUAAAUGUCUUUGUCCCCUAAUUGAUAAUCAUGUUUAAAAUGCAGUCAUUUGUGGUUAUAAUCUUGUUUUGCUUGCUUCCAUUAUUCAAUUCCUCCUAAGGAAAUUGAGAGUGAUUGGAUGGAAGCACAAAUUUAAGUAAAGAUUGUUUAAGUUAUAUUAAAAACAGACAUACAAAAAGAAAAAAACAUUUCACUUGUUGGUUAGACCAUAAAGUAUGUGUGUUCUCUUGCCCUUGGAACAGCUCAGUUCCCACACAGCUCUGCAGAUAGUGGAAGAGGUGGCAUAUAUGGCACUCAGGCAUCCAUCCUUCACACGCCAGGAGUGUCUGGGCUCCAGUCUUCUCAAGCAGGUGGCUUCUCAAGGAGCUACCACCAUGUGUGAGCUCCAGAGUAGGUGCAGAUGUUUUCAUCACAUCUUCCACUGUGUUGACACUGUCUUACCUUCUCAAGUUCCCCAAAUUCCCAAGAGCUUUCUCCUCUGCUAUGCAUUUUGUCUUCACAGCGCAGCUUACAGUCCAUUGCUAAAAAUGAUUAUAAGCUCUGCAUAGUGUUAAGCUUUACUGUGAUUAUAUGUAUGUUUCUUCUUUGUUAAGCAGACCCACACCUUUCCAGGGUCAAAGUACAGGAUAGAAUACUAUCCUUCAUCUUUUACUCGGUUUAAAGACUUCAGAAGUCUAAUCCAGAGUUGAGCCAAUUCAGAAUUGACUGUAAUUGAACACAGGCUAAAAGUAUUUAUGGGGGGAGUGACUUUUAGCAUGAGUUUUCUGAUUUUUGUAGCUGCUAAACCUUUUAAAUCUUUAUUUGCAGUUCAUGUAAUAGUUGUGUCUUAAAUUACAUGAUAAAGCAGUCCUGUUCAAUUUUUUUUAAGUUAUGUGGCUUGUGGAAUUUUUAAUAAAUGAACUUAGGUCUGUUUUUUCAUGUGGAAUGCAGAUGGGUGCUAUCAGAGCCUCUCCCCUAUCACUAUAGUGUAAUAAUACCAUUAUUACACCACACUGAAAUGUAUUCAGAACUAGAUUAUUUUUUUUAGCUUUAUUGUUUCUUCAGAGGUGUUGCAAAUGUACCGAUGAUACUGUUUCUUGCACUGAAUAUAUAAACACUCCAGAGUGUUUAUAUUGGGGAGAUAUUGGGGAGAAAGUAUAUUCGUAAAAGAUGAAGGCUGUAUCUGUUUCUCUUCAGUUUUUUACUUGUUCACUUAAAUUCUUAUGAGGGUGGGAUGCAUCUUCUUGCUGUUCAGUGCUUUAUCCUUUUUCAUCUGUUUUGUGGUCACAGUGACCUUAGCUAUGUAGCAGACUUUCCCAAAUGUAUUGAGUGCAAAUAAACAGUUACUUAGCAAGACCCGAAAA